AUGCCCAAUACCAGCUCCAUCACCCAGUUCCUCCUCCUGGCAUUUGCAGACAAGCGGGAGCUGCAGCUCUUGCACUUCUGGCUCUUCCUGGGCAUCUACCUGGCUGCCCUCCUGGGCAACAGCCUCAUCAUCCCUGCCAUAGCCUGUGACCACCGUCUCCAUACCCCCAUGUACUUCUUCCUCCUCAACCUCGCCCUCAUCAACAUGGGCUCCAUCUCCACUACGGUCCCCAAAUCCAUGGUCAAUUCCCUCUGGGACACCACCACCAUCUGCUAUGUAGGAUGUGUAUCACAAGUCUUCCUGUUUGUAUUUUUCAUUUCAGCAGAAUUGUAUCUCCUCACUGUCAUGGCCUAUGACCGCUAUGUUGCCAUCUGCAAACCCCUGCACUAUGGGACCCUCCUGUGCAGUAGAGCUUGUGUCCACAUGGCAGCAGCUGCCUGGGGCAGUGGCUUCCUCUAUGCUGUCCUUCACACUGCCAAUACAUUUUCUCUACCACUCUGCAAGGGCAGUACCAUAAACCAGUUCUUCUGUGAUGUGCCCCAGAUCCUCAUGCUUUCCUGCUCAGAUGCUUAUCUCGGGGAAUUUGGUCUUAUUGUGUUUAGUGCCUUUGUGGUCUUUGGGUGUUUUGUUUUCAUUGUGGUGUCCUACAUGCAGAUCUUCAGGGCCGUGCUGGGGAUCCCCUCUGAGCGUGGACGGCAGAAAGCCUUUUCCACGUGCCUCCCUCACCUGGCCAUGGUGUCCCUGUUUCUCAGUACUGCAGUGUUUGACCACCUCAAGCCCCCUUCCAUCUCCUCCCCAUCCCUGGAUCUGGUAGUGGCAGUGCUGUACUCAGUGGUGCCUCCAGCUGUGAACCCACUCAUCUACGGCAUGAGGAACACGGUAAUCAAGGAGGCCUUAUGGGAACUGAUCCAAUGGGUGCUGUUUCACUGA